AUGAUGUCAAUCGGCUAUUCCAAGGCACGGCAGGGCAGCAACUCUGCGGCAGCGCGCGGGGAAAUGCAAGGCGCUGGAGCCACGUCGAACCGGGCUCGGACUCACUCCGCUUCACUCCAGCAGGCUGAAGCGUCGGAAGUCGAGUUUGGCAUGGCUUGGCGCAGAGCCGAGAUGCGAAUCUGGACGGGCGCCGCCAUCUGCCACGGAGCACGCCAUGCCUUCUUCUCGGCAACCACCGGCCGUUCAAGCCAGGAUGAUGCCUCCGCUGGGGCCCCUAUCCUUCUCACCAUCAUCCGCUCGACCCGACGUGUAGCGCGCAUCACCAUCAUGUCGGCCACACAGGUCAUCACGAGGUCGCGCUCCCGCGUCUCGGUCAGCGCACCCGCACCGGGUCCUUCGGCGCUCAACACCCCGACUGCACCUACGCCAGCGGCUUCGGGUGCAGCGUCGCUCGACGACGCAGACUACGAGGACCGCCGCAACCUCAAGCUGAGUGUUCGACUUGUCGAUACCAUCCGUCACUAUUGGGAUCUCGGCUUCACCGCGUUCGGCGGUCCGGGCGUGCAUGUGGUCAUUCUGCGCAAGCGCUUCGUCGACAAGCUCGCCUGGCUCGACGAGACCACCUUUGCGGAUCUCUUCUCGCUCGGAAACGCCCUGCCCGGUCCAGGAUCCACACAGCUGGCGUUUUCCAUCGCCGUCGCUCGCAACGGUACGCUUGCAGGUCUCAUCGCCUUCCUCUUCUGGUCGCUGCCAGGCGCUGCAGGCAUGGCCGCGCUCGGCGCAGGCGUGCGCAAGUUUCCGGAACGCCUCCCGCCCAUCGUCCUCGGUCUGCUCACGGGCUUGAACGCCGCUGCCGUCGGACUGAUCGCGCUGGCGGCGUUUCAGCUCUCCAAAUCCUCCAUCACCGACCCCGUCUCCAGGCUGCUCGUGCUCGGUUCCGCCUCGUUCGGCAUCUGCUACCAUGCUCCCUGGAUGUACCCCAUCCUCGUCUUUGGUGGCGGCCUCAUCACGCUGCUCUACGACUUUCGACACGCGAUCGCCAAGGCGACCAUCGGCACAGUUCGCAGACGGACGGCGAGGUCCGCGUCCAAUGGCGCUGUUGCUGACGAUCCCACCCAAUCCAGCCAUUCGGACGAUAUCGAACUCGAACCGGUGCGCUCGCAGGCACGCACCUCGCUCGAAGCUGACACCGACAAGCAUCAGUCUGGCGCUGAUGUGCAAGAGCUUACAUUCCAGAACGGGGCUGCCACCGCGUCAGCGAGCUCGAUCAGGCAGAGAAACGCAAGCACCGUCGAGCGCACCCACUCGGCCAGUGCCCACCAGAGCGCGUCCGCGUCCGAUGCACCGCUGACAGACCGCCGCACGCCCAUCAUGGUGCUCAACCGCACCAUCGCUCUCGCGCUUGGUGCUGCUUUUAUCGUCUUGAUCGUCGCCGUCGUCGUCACACGCUCGCAGCUCACCUCGCCACCACGUGCGCUCGACUUUUUCACAAACAUGAUGAUCGCAGGCGUCAUCAUCUUUGGCGGCGGCCCCGUCGUCAUCCCGCUCCUGCGUGGAUACACGGUCGAGAAUGGCUGGGUUGACUCGAGAGACUUUCUGCUUGGCUUUGCCAUCCUGCAAGCGUUCCCCGGGCCCAACUUCAACUUUGCCGCGUAUCUGGGCGUGUUGUCGCUGCCGUCGAAUCCUGCGCUCGGUGCGAUCCUCGGUUGGCUCGGUAUCUUUUCGCCCGGGCUGCUGCUCAAGUUAUCGCUGCUGCCGCUGUACAAUACGUGGCGCAAGCACGAGGUGGCCAAGUCGGUGCUGCGCGGCCUCAACGCCUCGGCCACCGGUCUCGUCUACACCGCCGUCUGGCAGCUCUUCCUCGGUAAGCAGACCCAACAUCUUUCGUUCGUGGGGGUGGUGGUGGAGGCGGCGAGCCAGAGCGGACCGCUUACCUCGGAUCCCUUCUGGGGCGUCGUUGCUAGCUCGGCGUUCGUCGCGACACAGUGGUUCAAGAGUCCGCCUGCGGUCACUAUCGUCGCGGGCGCAGUCGCUGGUCUGGCUUGGUACGGUGUGGUGGGCCCGCAUGGGACUGAGCGUCAGCAGGCGUUCUUCUGA